AUGUACCAGCUGCUUGCAACGUAUAAGACGACUAUAACGGCUAGUCAGGAGAUGAAGCUGUUUAUGCGGAAGAAAGAUUCCAAGCGCACCUGGGCAGAGCACUAUCUCUACAUGGUUGCGAUAAGCGACGUGCGUGCAGGUGACUACUCGCUUAUCUUAGAUAACAUCUUGCACCACGCGUCGCCUGAGAUGAUGAACGUCAUGCGGUCCAAGUACGACCCAACGUUUCGACUACUCACGACGUGCAUAAGAGAUGGCGCCUUUUACCAGUCAAACGAGGUCGGCAGCAGGGCAAUUGGAAGCGAAGUCAUCGCUGCUCAAAAUGUUGACCGGAAGCGAAGAGACACGCACACCUGCUACAUGCGGCAAAGUGAGUCACGUGCAAGAUUACUGUUGGUCGAAGGGUAA